UUUUGUUUCGUAAUUUGGAAGGGUCACUCGAGUUCACAGUCACCACAAUACCGAAGUUACAGCCACCGGCCCUGAGUUCUAAAUCAUCUAUUGGCUGAUCGGUGAAAAUUAUAGGGCUCGGAACUCGGGUGCUGGUUGGCUAACGCAUACAGGAACGCCCACCACGUGGAAACAGUAGGCUGAGGGGGCAGCCUUGGGGUUUCGGCUUUCGCAAUAAACAGAUCAGCGUUCUUCGCUUCCUUUCCUCCUCUCCCCUUCCCUUCCUUCUCUCCCCUCUUCCGUUCUUCUGCACUUGUUUUUUUUUUUUCGUGCCUUGGUCUUUCUUUUUACCAAGGUCACAGCGCUGUCAGACCAGCCGGUAUCUAAUUUGCAUAGUAUUAUCGUGACAUUUGCCCAUGUGACGAGGCGCCCAUUUAUAUGUAUGGCUGUUUACGCCAAACUUCUCAGUGUCAGUGGGGAUCUGAGCGGGUCUUGCGUGCACUUUCAUACGGUUAUGUGUGUGUGUGUGUGUGCGCGCGGAGUCCGGGUUGCUGGAGACACAAGUGUAGUGCACAUGGAAAGGUUGUUUUAUCAUUUCACUGUUGACGCUCCAAGAUGUAACUGUGUCUUUUAAACGAUUAAAAAACAAUUCUGCAUCAUUUCUUGAUGAGGAAAGAACUCGACACUUUAUGACCGAUCAAGUUUGCCGAUUUGCGACGUGCUGGACUACAGGACUUCCACGUGUGGUGAGAAUUGAUGUCGUGGGAUUUCGACGCCCACUAUAUGGUCAGUACUGUGAUGUUUUCAUAAUACCCGAGGACGUACCCGUGUAAUGUACAGAAGCUCGUCUCCUCCAGCAGUUUUAUUUUAUUCUCCACAACAUUCACCAUGCCCCGUUCCGUCCGGCAGUCACACUCUGGUCCUGUGCUAAACGUGCCGAACACUGACGAAGACGUGAGCAAUAACAACGUCUUGUCCAGCUACCAUCAGCAGCACGACAUCAUGGCUUUAGGAGGCAACUCCACUUCUGACGCGAUGCACGUGGACAGCGAUGUCCACGGCUCAUUGCUAGAUAACAGUAAUUUUCUUGACAAUUCUGGGCUUCACCUCGUCUCUCCUCUUAUCGAUAACGAGGAGGGGUCUGAGGGGGGAUUACACCCCCACCCUUGGGAUAAGAGUGCCAAUCCCCUGAAAAAUCUCCUGGGCAGAUCUCCUUCCUCAAGGGACUUCAGAACCCAAUGUUCCUCAGACGAUCCGGCCUUUCAAGAUUUUGCUGCGAAUAUUCACAAGAGUUCGAGCAGUCACAACUUUUUAGAACGUUCAGGUCAAGUGGGGCACCUGAGUCUGCAUGCUGAGUUAGAACAAGCAGAGCGACAGGUGGGUGAGAGCAGUGCUGGAAGCAGCAGGUGUCUGAGAGAGCAGCUGUCCAUGCCGGAUCGAAAAGAAGUCUUCAGGGACGCUAGUGAGUCGUUGUCGACUCCGGAAUCUGGGUCUGCCAAGGAAACCACUGUACUCGGACACUUUAAGACGAAAAGUGUGAGCAACUUGCUGGCUCACGCUCAUGCGACGGCAAAACACUCUGUGGAGGCUGUGGUGAGAAAAGCCUCAAGCCACGCCGACCUACGCCGCGCUGCCUUCUCCUCAGGCCGCCCUUGUCUGUCCGUGGAAGUGCCUGGAGUGGUGUCAUCUGCUGGUCAGCACCCAGCUCCCUCUGGAUUUGACAUCAUGAAGAAAAGUUCAAGUAGUAUCGAUCUGGGCUCUAUUCAUUUCGAUAAUCUUGAACCUGUCAGUGUCUCUGACCUGUACCGCCGGAGACAAGUGAACAGUCCCCAUGGAGAUGCAACUGACAUCACAGACGCAGCAGGUGUUCGAACUCCCAAGAAUCAUUUGAACACUGACUCGGGUAAUGUGGCACCAAACUCUUCCUCCCCUUGUGGGAAGCUACUGUACGUGUCCGGACUGGCCAGGAGUGAAAGUUCCUUGCCGCAGCUCUCUAAUCUCAAUGACUACUGGAGUGACACCAGCAGCUCGUGCACCACACCGCGGGCUCACACCCCGGGUACAUCGCCACAGUGGCUCACACCCAGCACCACGCCCAUGCCCUCACCCAGACACUCCGCUUUCUCCUGCCCCGGCUCCCCGAACCCCACGUACAACAUAAAUCAAACACCUGAUGCCUCCCCUUCACAGUCUCCACGACGAUCGUUCGACAAUGGAACCAGCUCCGCAGAUCAUGGUAGCGUGUUAUCGUUUCACUUUGACAACCGGGGCUCCUCGUCCAGAGAGCGCCGUAUCAGCGAGACCACGGAGAUGACGGACUCUGAUGCUGACUCAUCCACUACCCUUCCGCACUGUAUGUCCUCUGAUAGCAGCGACGCCAGCAUGGAGGCCCAGGCUGAGACUGAGGACUUCGGCAUUCCUGGUAGCAACAGCAGCGACGCCGGUGAUUAUGUCAACUAUGGCGCUGGCGAGAACUUAAGUGACGCUUCUGUCUCGGGGGUGGGUGGUCCUCCAUGUUACGCACAUGACAAUGAGAACGUCGAGUGUGAUGGUGGUGAAGGUUGUGAGGAUAGGGAGUUCGAUUGCAGCGAGGGAGGAGUCAUUCCGGGAGUGUUGGACUACCACCAGGAACUUGCGGACUCCCAGGAGGAGGCGGACUCCUCCCCAUUUCCUCAGGACGCUAGUUAUGCUCAUGAUAGUGACGUCAUGUCGGGGGCGGAGUCCGAGUUCGCGAGUGACAGUCAGCCACGGUCCCGAGCCACUUCGGUGAGCUUUGCGAGUUUGUUCAAGCAGUGUCGUGUGGAGAGGGACUCCCAUCCGGUUGAUCUGCACAUGCAUGGAGGCUCCACACAGGAUGGGGAGGAUGAAGAGCUCAGUGAGGCUACCGAGAUGGUGGUCACUGACGUCUGGGACUUUUUGUGUGCGGAGCGAGUGUCACAGAUGACCAAAACCUACAAUGACAUAGAAGCUGUCACACGUUUACUGGAAGAGAAAGAGAGAGAUUUGGAGCUCGCAGCGCGCAUUGGUCAGACUCUCUUGUCUAAGAACAAAGACCUUUCUUCACGCACUGAGACGCUAGAGGAGCAGCUCGUCAAUGCCAAUGACAAAGUAAGCCAGCUGCGCCAUGACUUGUCUAUGAAAGAUGAGCUUUUGCGCAUCUACAAUGAGGACUUGGAGUUGGAGAACAAUGGACACACUACUCCCACUAACGACAGCAAAGGUUUGUCUCUGCCGAAUGUGGAUUUUCUACAGAAGAAAGUCCAUACACUGGAAGAUGAAAAUCUCAACUUGAGACUUGAGAGUGCCCAGCUGAAAGCAGACACUGACAGUUAUGAGGAGAAGGAGAAAAAACUGGUAGAAGACUGCAUUCAGCAAAUAGCUGAGCUGAACCAGCAGGUGGAGUCUCUCGCAGAGGAGCUUCAUGCCAAGGCUGAGGAGAAUGGCCACCAGAAGGAAGAAAUCACCGGCUUCCUGUCACAGAUCACCGACUUGCAGAAGAAAAUGCGCAAGCUGACCCUUGAGAACAUGGACCUGCAUGAAAAGCUGACAGCCUCCACCGAGUCCCAGCGCAGACUGACCAAAGAGCUGGGCAGCAUGCAGGACAAGUACGAUGAGCUGUUUGAGAUGCUGGAGGAGGCCCAGGAUGAGCUGCGGGUUCUUCGAGGCCGCCACAAGAUCCGCGCCUCGGGAAAACACCACCACUCGGCCUACGCCGUGCCCACAGACUCGCUGGCCUCGGAGCUGGAGACUUCUCUAAAGCAGGAGCUGUCACAGUCCAACAGGAGGGCUCAGAGCUGGAAAAUCUUUGAGACAGCGAAGGCUGCUAAGCGUGCAGCAGCAAAAGCAGCAGAGAAGGAAGUGAUGUCGUCAGUUCGUAUGUCUGUGAUGGCAGUGCCGAGCUCGACCCGAGGUGACAGUGACACGAUGUCUCAGGGUCUGUCGGCCUACCCGUCUGAUGUGGAGAGUUUUGCCAGUGACGGAUACAGUGGGGAUAUGGACAGUCUCUAUGGGUCAAACCCAGAACUAGGUCGCCCAGGCAUCCCAGGCUCCAAUGAUCUUGAGAGUGCCUUGAAGCGGCUGGCCAUUCGACGAGCGAAUGAACUCAACGAAAAGGACUUCCAAGAGGAGGAAGAAGAGAGGAGGAGACAACAGCAAGUAAUGAACAUGAGUGGUGCCACCUCCCCCAACAAUAUAACCAGCCCCGGCAGCACUUACUCUUACAUGAGCUCGAACACUGGAACCCCUUCAGGCGGACAAGGUGGCUACAAGAUGUCCGACAAACUACAAAUUGUCAAGCCUAUGGAAGGCUCUAUGACACUGCGUCACUGGCAGCACCUGGCCACACCCCACCUGGGUGGUAUCUUUGAGCCCCGUGAGGGGGUGCAGAUGAAGGGAGAGAGGAAGCUAGAGUUACAGGAGGAGGUCUAUUCCCUCAGCGACUUCGAGGAGGAUGAUCCACGCGACGUCCACACUCGCAAGGAGCAGGACAGUGGUUUGGUGUACACCUUCACUGACUCCACAGUCCCCACCAUGGGGCCAUACCGAGGUCUGGGAAGCUUGUUUGAUAACAGCCGAGCAUCCUCUACAACCAGUCUGAUCAAUGCGUCCUUCACCACGGACGAGUUGCCCGUUCAGGCCUCCACGCCAAAGCCUGUAUACAAAGAACAGAACAAUCAGCAGCAACAGCACCAACAGGCCUCGGUGCAGACCGUCAACUCUCAAGGCACAUCCAUGUCUCUGGGUCUGGCUUCUCUGCUGCAAGGCCGCGAGAACACAGGAGUGGGCCGAGCUAUCCUACGAGCCACGUCUGCCGGCCAGAAGGCUGCAGUUGCGAUGGAAAUGUCUGCCUCACCCGUGAUUGCUACGCAGUCUGUCGCCUCAGGGUCUGUUCGCAACCAGUCAGGGUUUUUAAUGUCUCAGUCGCUGAGCAAUCUGUCGUCCUCUGCACCAUCGUCAAAAUCGCGAAACCUGCCAGGGUCAAAAUCUUUUGAGCAGGUGCUGCAGGAGCCCCAGGAAAAGGUGAAGGUCACUGUGGCUGUCGGUGAGGAGUCAAAACAGGCCAGCAUGUUCACCCCAGGUAUGACUGGACAAGGAUUCUUACAGCAGCUGAAGAACAAAGGCUACUCCCUCUAUGGCCUGUGGGGGGGUGGGGGGAAGGGGGAAGGAGCUUCCUCAGACCCCGCUGCAGAGGGGGCUAGUGGUGUGGACAGUAAAGGCUUGGCAGCAGUGGAAGGCAACCCAGCGGUAACAAAACCUUCAGCAGAGUCCGUAUUUGCUAAUGGCUCAGGAGGUGGAGGCGUGGGAGUCCUUGGUGCUCUGACAAAUUUCCGUCGUAACGGCAUCUUUUGAUGGAUUUCAGCCCUUCCCCCCUUCAUUCUCUUCCCAGACUGCGCCCUGCGGUUCUACACACAUAUAAAUAGUUUUCUUAAACGGUGCCUAUUUGUGAUACUUUUUGCUGAGACUUAGUGUAUAUAAAAGAAAUUGUCUAUACAUAUAUAUAUAUAUGCAAGAAGCAAAGAGUCAUGACUAGCUUUGAAAGGCCAAAGACUUGACUAGUGUUUUGGUUGUAUGGCUGUGUGUGUACAGUAUAGUGGUAGUGUGUGGUACAAGUGAUUUUGUCCCUAGCUUUAGUUCAGUGGUUUGUUUGACACUUGGACAUGUAUGGUCACAGCUUGACAGCUCAAAUCAAGAAACUCGUAUGUCACGUAAUUGUGUCUUUCUUGGGAGAGUUGGAAAAAAAAAAAAGACUGGUUGUCAUUUGUGUCCUUUCUUUUGAAGUCGCUGUCUUUUUUUUUCUAUGGAGAGGAUUUCUCAAAGGAAAAGAUCGGGAUUGUAUAACAUUAAAAUGAUUGAUCUUAUUCAGAAUGUGAAUUAUGAGUUUAUUGAGCUGCAUUGUCAAGGUUUUUUUUUUUCUUUGAAGAAAGCUUUGUUUCCAUGACAUAUUUUUGGUUUGUGAAUUGUACCUCAGUGUGGUCAUACAAACUCUUUUAGGAAUUGAAGACUUCAAAGACACAAGUGAAAACCUGCGAGGUGAAAUGAUGUCUGAGGCCUGUACUUGUGUCAAAGUCGACUUUGGUUUGUGUUCAAAACAUGAUCAGUGUGUGUACAUAAUGUGAUACAUGCCUGUUUUAAUUUAUUUCAGGACUACCGGUAUAUUCAAUGACAGCUGUCUUGCCCAUUCGUGGCUGACCAAUCAUAAUGGUUUUCUUGUUCAGUCCUUUUUUCGUAGAGAUAUAUGGCAAGCAUUUUUUGUACAGUUUCUCUGUUGUUUUUAGUCUCGGGUGUACAAAUCUUGGGAGAUUCAUUCUCAGAUACCUAGGUCUCUCCCUUCUGUUUGAGAAUAAAGUUUUUGAACAUUUUCCCUGUGUGUUUCCAGUUCAGGGGAUAAGUGUAUAGUAUAGUCUCUGGGAGAUCCUACUUCUUUUUCUGCUUUGUCUUUCUGUCUUGUCUUUCCUGAGCAUGAAAUUACCAUUUUUGUGUCCAUAUUCUUCUCUUUAUUCAAAACUAAACAAAGCUAAAUGUAUGACUGUGUUCCUGUCAGUUGCGAUGAUCGUAUGAAAUGUUGAGGGGAAGACUUCUGUGGGGGGACAAACCUGACAUUCUGGUGCUAAUGUUUGUACCCACAAGCGGUUUCUGGUUUUUUCUGUUUGACUACUCUCCAAACUACUAAAGUUGGAGAGGUUCAAAGAGCAUCAGGUUUAGCUUCAACACUGGGAUAUCAGUGUGUUCCUAUCUUUGGAUACAGACUUACGACGUUGUCAGGGAUGAUGCAGUUUGUCGGGGGAUUAAACUGAAAGAUUCUGACGGCAAUUGGGCUGUGAUCAAGAGAGGUUCUGUCAUGAAGAUAGGACAGAAAGUGGGAGAAAAUUUCUGUGGAGACCGGACAGAAUACGAACAUUUUAAAAAUGUGUGGUCUUUCAGUACCAAGGAUUGAGAACAAAGGUAGACAUAGCUUAUCACACAAAAGUUCCAACACUAGGUCUCUGUUUCUUGUCUUCCAGUUUCAGCUACUGUAACUUUCUGUAACUUGUGUAAAGCUAGACUCAAGCUGUAUUUAUGUACCCGUCUUUAAAUGUACACACGCUUAUUCCCAUAACCGAGAAACCUCAGGAGCUGAUAGUAUAAUCUCUGCUAAAUUCAUUGGACAGGGCUCUCAUUAUGCAUUAUGAUAUUCAUGUUAUCUUUUAACCAAGAGCAUGCCAAUCAAGUUUGUUCAGCAUCUGGUCUCGGAUUUAAUCUCACUGUGUGUAUGUAGAUAAACAUUGUCAGAACGUUCAGGUAUGUCAGACCCUUGUGCGUUUUGUUGAACAUCUCUUGAUAAUUUAUGCAUGCGUAGUCGGUAAUAUUUUCAAUUGACUCGUAUUCCCUCUAGAAAUCAAAAUUAGAAUUGUGAAUUACUGAAUCCCAUGUGGACGUACAUUGUCAUUGCUGGGUGUCCUUGAUCAUAACAGCAGUUAGGAGAAGAGAGUUGAGCUUUAUUUCAUGUUCACCAGUCACAAGAAGAACAGCUCUGGUUUUGUCUUGUCUUUCCAUCCAGUACUUCAGGAUAUUGUAAGAAUAACUAUUUUUAGUGAUUUUUUACAAGCAUCAUACUAAAUCACAGGAAACAAAAAAGAGGUCCUGAAGUUCGAUUACACCUUAGAAUAAGGACUAGGAAUUUUCCCAGCUUGGUUAAACAUCUAAUUUUAGUCUUUCAUCGUGAAUUACAGGUGCAUCAGGGGACACAGUAUUGUCCGUCUUCACAUGGACUCUGCACAUGACAUUUUGAGAAAUAAUUUGGUUGUAGCUGACUGGUAAAGACCAAAUGGUAAAAAAGAUUUAAUAGACAAAGACUGAAAAGACAAAGGAGUCAAAAGCAAAAGCAGACUGCACUCAUGGGUACCGGGAAUCUGUAUUGUGACAAGUGUCUUUCUUUUCAGAAAUCAGGAGAUCUGUUCUCUUUGACUUAAAGUUAUGUUGUCAUGAUGCCUGCAAUCGACUAGGCAUCUUCCAUCUGGCAAAUGUCAAAAACAUUGGAAUCCAUAGACAAAUUUAUAGUUAUAUAUUACAGAAAUUUUCCUUGUGUACUGGAAUGUAUUAUCCCUUAAACCGCAUAAAGCAGUUAUCAUCAAUCGUCGAGUUCAGUAAACAUUUCCUGGAAUCAAACGUUUUUGUCAUGAAAGCAGUUUUUGUAUCACUUUUCUACUUUUCCAAAGUUUCCGUUUUUCUGACUUUCUUCUCCCAUUAGUUGCUUUGUGAUCUGACUUGUACAAAUUCAGCAUUUGUUACAGGUGGCGAUGACAUCAUGUUACUUUGUUUUCUUGAACACAAUUGUAUAUAAAAAACGUAUCGACUAGCGACAGUUUGACGAAAUAAAUGAUGGCAUUGACAAAAUUGUUGAUGAUGAUUGCAAUAUUGAGUUGUUUUAUUAAGGUUUUUAUUCAUGUUGUACUUUCUGCUUUUAGUUCUCUCCGAGACAACUCUCAACUUUAUCAUUUUAGAUCUCAGUGCAGUCCGGUUAAUACCGUCUCAUGCCAAGUAGGGCUAUGUGUGUUUUUGUCCAGCAUCUUGUUUAUCUCCGGUCUCUUCAACUUCAACCUUUGUCAAUACUGGAUUUUAAAAAAAUAUUGUUUUUUUUUCUGUUGUUAUUUUUACUUUUGUUUCCCCUCUCAUCUGCUAAUUCGUGUUUUAAAAUCUUUUAGGUAUGUACAUGUUUACCUAAUAACUUUUCCUCCUCCCUUAAUCUUAUUUUUGCCUUUUUCUCCGCCUUCAUUGUUUCCACGUGUCGUUUAUGUAUGUUUUUCUUCUCCUUUUUUCUUCUUGUUCUUGUAUUUAUACUAUAGGAACGUGCAGAGUACAGUUUGACCAUAGUCUUUCAUUGUGUAAAUGGAGAGAUUUCCUGUUGCUAGAAUGUAUUGUGUCCUUUUUUUGGUGCAGCACCAGUCUUGUUUUCUCUAUUUUCCUUCUACAAUAUUCCUGGUUUUGCUUAUGCUCUGUUAACAUUUUAGAAAUUGAGAGGGGAGAGUGGAUAGAGCUAUACAAUGCUCCUGUUCCUACUCUUUGUUCCUACGGUUUUUGUUAGAGGAUUAAAAAUUUGGUCUUGUUUUUGUCUUUGCUGUUGUUUAGAAGAAGGAGUUUAGAAACAUCAGAGAUCUGCAGAGAUGCAGAGUGGAAUAUCAGUGAUCUGUAGAUAUGGUUGACAAGGAUGCACAAAUAAAGUCCCAAAUUAAUGUUUAAGAACUUUGCUUUCUAUCACAUUUGUUUUCAACCAGCUCAGUAUUUGUGUUGCAUAAUUUGAGUUGAAGACAUAGACGGGUAAGUGGCAGAAGAGAUGUUCUAGUAUGUUUGAGAGUGGCAAAGGUCUUGGAGCAGUGUUCACUGAGACUCAAGGAGGAGGCACAAGUAAAUGUACAUCUAGUUUUUGAUAUUUGAGAAAAUACUGUAUAGAGUUUUGCUAAAUGUGCUAUGCAACUUUUCAAUUUUAGAUGAUGUGAUGAAUUCGGAAUUUGUAUUUGUUCGCAAGACUACAGAGAUUUGAGUGCUUGACUCUGGUAAAAAGAUUCUUGUUUGAAUUUUGGAUUGAUUUACAUUGUUUGAAAGAGUCUAUUCCUGCUGUAUAUUUUCUCUCUAGUGAUAUCCUUGGCAGAGUUUCCUUGUGUAGUGUUUACUCUGAAUCCCGCUUGCUAUCUGUUGCCCUUUUCCCAAUCUUUCGAAGAAGUAAAGAAUUAUCUCUUUCAGCAAGUGCCUGAAAUAGUAGAUAGCGUACUAUAUCAAUGAAAAAGUUCCAGCCAAAGUUCUGAAACUAUCAUGGAGUCCUUUUCGAGUUUAAAUUCAAGUUUCUGGUAGUUUGUCUAUAAGUUUUUCUCCUUUUUUUGAGGACAAUGAGGCCUAAAGCAAAGGUCUGCUUUCGAUGUUUUGAGCUGUCUCUUUUUGUCUCUUUCAAAACAAAAGUGUUAUAUGCUCAACUCCUUUAGACAAUAACUUUCUCACCAGUUUCUAGGUUGUUUUGUAUUCUGUACUGAAAAAAUAUUUCUGUUUAUCAUCGUUAGUCAGUGACAGUCUAUCCAAGUGCACCACUAGUCUUUUAAGUUGACUACUUCAACAGUAACAUAGUACUUUAUACAUUUUCUGAGAUUUUGUAUAAGUCAUUUUUAGGGAACUCAGUAGGCUACUCAAAGUACCUGACUUUGGAAGGUUGCAAAGGAGAGAAGCUCUUUUAAAAGGUGCUAUUUAGAAGAUAUGCAAAAUUUGGGUUUUAAAAGUUUUUGUAGUGUAAAUAUACCAUCAGUUGCUUUAUUCUAGUUCUAGCGUGAGAGCUCCAUUUAAAAUAAAAUACAAAUGCCAUUGAAACGUCAAUAAAAGUUUUCAUUGUUUCUCUCAUUUUGCAUUGGCUUGAUCACAUAAUAAUAUCAAUUUGUGGUUGUUUCAAUACCACAGAAGUCAAAUGAAAUUCAGUGGCAGUUUUACACCAAAAAAAUGGCACCAAAACUUGCAUAGUUGAUAUUUUAAAAGAUUUUUGGGGGUAAAUUAUUAUUUAUAUCUCCUGAGUGCCAUGUUUUAAUUUGUUAACUGCAUUUUUUGUCUGCCGUAUUCUCUGUUUUUUUGUUUAUUUAGAUUUCUUUUGUUGUCCUUCAACCCUUUAUCCCAACAAAUAUUAAGUCGUUUUAGUUCAGUUUCGACAGACAGUUGCAGCCCAUAGUGUUGGCAGAGUUGGUUUCAUCCUACAUCUUUCCAGUUACGCCCACUGUUUAAGUUUUUACCCUUGUUGCUUUUGUUUCACCAUUUUUAUAGUUUUCUUCUGGGUCACAGACUUAGAUGAUGUUUUGUUAGUUUACAGAAGCGUGCCAAAAUCUUGAGUCUCUGAUAUGUGAUUGUCAUUUAGCAAACAGUACAUGUACUUGAUUUAGCAGGAGAGACCAAAUUCCUCAAAGUGCCCAUUUGUAUACGUUAUUCAUAUCACUUAGUUUUAGCCGUGUCUUUUACUUUGAUACCUUUCAUGUGCUCCCAUUGUGACUUGAGUAUGUGAAUGAUCACAUAGAUCAUAGUUCUAUGGAGGAGGUCAAUGGAAGACAGAAAGAUUUGUUCAUAAUGAUAGUUACUUUACUAAAAUCGCUUUUUUUUUCUCAGUGUUCUUGAGAAAUGCAUGUUGGAUAGAAUAAAGUUUGACCAGUUUAUGUUUUAGUUUUUUUUUAAGGUUUAAAUUUUACUGUGUUUUGAAUCUGUAGAAAGAAGUGCAACUGACAGUCCCAAUGAAGUGAAUACGGUAGAAAGAAAUUGUGAAUACUGAGGUAAGGAGUAUUGGCUGUGUUUUCAUGAGAACUUUGUGCCUUGUAAAGAAGGAGAAAAUGUUAUGUGGAUUGUCAAUGUAUCAUAAUUGUUAAAUAGAAUAUUAUGUUUCCUGGACUGUCUCUGUCCAUUUUCAAAUCUACAGACCAAAAUCCAGUUUAGGCUGACUCAGCCAGCCAUCCUAGGCCAUGACCCAUAGCUUUAUUUUUGGGGUGGGGGUUCUUUUUUAUAAUUAUCUCUUUUUAUGUUCGCUUAGAGGAGCGGAGCGAAGUCUUAUUGCUCUUAGUAUCUUAGACAUUAAAAGAUCGUUAGGCGGUCGGACUUUGCCUCGGACUAAAGGAUUCUGGGUUGCACAUGUGUAAGAGAGGUUUUGAACAAAUUCAGUUAUAAUCAAAAGUUAAAACCUGUUGUUUUAACCAUUAUCUGCAACGUCUCAAAGAACAAGAAGACUAAUGACGCCUGUGUAUUAGCCCUGGCCGCUUAAAGGAGCGUGUCACUGUAGGUGAAUGAAAGGCUCUCUCGGUACAAUUCACAGCGUGACUUCAGAGCUUGGUGUGCACUGUGGAGAGCAUACGCCACCCCAACAACCCUGUAUAAAAUUGCUUAGACUAUGCCAUUGCAACAUGUUAGUUUCAAUUAGUUCCAGUGCCAAGUUCUCUUCUCCCCCAUUAAGUCUAUCCAUCCCCCCUGCCCUUCCACCCCCAUCCCUUCUUCCUUACCCCUCUCCCUGCCUCCCCCCCCCCCCCCUCCAUAUUCCCCAUCCAAAUCCCUCCGCCUAAUUUCUUCAUUUUCCUCUCUAGACAACACCCCCUAUCCACGUCCCCACUCCCUCCCCAACCCCCUAAGCUGUUGUGAGAGAAAAUCUAUUCCAAUAUCCAAGUCGUUGUAGUUUGGACUGGAGUCUACUUAACCUGCCAACUUUUUGCACCCUUUUCCAACUAGCUAAGCGUCCAGGUAUACAUCAUCUUACCAGUUUACUCCAUUUUCCUCUAAUGUGCAUGUUUUGCUAUUGUGUGAAGCAAUUGUCAUUCUUGAUAGGUUUCAUUUUUACUACGAGCUUCUAUUGUGAUGAAAUUAAAAAAAGACAUGAUCUUCAAACGAACA